AUGCCAAUUGCAAUGUUUGUGAAAUCUGAUAUGGGGGUUUUGAAGUUGGAUGUGACGAGUAUGGCAUUGCUGGCUAUGUGGGAGAUUCAUUAUAUUCACAGGGGCAUCAUAUACACUUACAACGCACCCCGGAUCGCACCACACUCUCUCUUCGUCGUCAUAUCAGCUCUCGUAUUCAACCUCGCAAACGGAUACCUGAACGGGCGCGGUAUAGGCCCCCUCUCCUCUUACGACGCCAACUACCUCACAUCCCCACGCUUCCUGAUCGGCGCAUCCAUCUUCUUUAUCGGAAUGGCUAUAAACAUAUUGUCAGACUAUUCCGUGUUUGCACAACGCAGGCUCGCGGAUGCUAAAAAGCACAAGGACGGAGUAAAAGAUAUAUCGUCACUACCACCCCAGGAGAAAUACGUGAUACCGAGAGAUGGACUGUUUGAGUUGGUAUCGUGUCCGGCGUAUUUUGGAGAGAUUGUGGAGUGGAUUGGGUGGGCUGUUGCUGCUAAUUGUAAUGCCGGAUGGGCGUUCGCAUUCUUCACGUUUGCGAACUUGGCCCCGAGGGGUGUGGCUGCUCAUAAAUGGUACAAGGACACAUUUAAGAAGGCAUAUCCGAAGGGGAGGAAGGCUGUACUACCGUUCUUGUGGUAG